UUCACAGUCCCACGACCCCCCUCUGCCUGGCGGGUCCUCUUUAUGUGUCCCUGUCCCUGUCUCAGGAGUACUGAACAUUUUUUUCUCUUCAGUAAAACAAGAAAGAAAAAAGACACAGGAAACCUGACUGGAAAUUCCUCCGCCUAGCGCGCCAUUGACUGGAGCCAUCAACUUAGUUAAGGCUCAAACUGACACAAGAGGAUUUUUUUCAUUAUUAUUUAUUUCCCGGUACCUUCCUAAGCUACAUACACAAGUGUCUGUGUGUAGGGGCUGUGAUGUAUGGAAACGUUUUCCUCCUGCGAGAACUUGAAGGCUGUACAACUAUCCUCUGCCUGCAACUCCCAUUUCGUCUGAUACCUGAGUUGAGAUUGCACAGGGUGCUGGGAUUUUAAGGACUGUUUCAUUUUUUUUGUCGUUGCAUAUUUACAUACUUUAUUUUGUAGCAGUCUUGCAAAAUCAGCAUACGUUCGUGUUGCCGUUUGGUGCAGGAAUCAAAUCAUGGAUAAAUAUGGGGAUGAUAUUGGCAAAUACAUGGAAGAACUGUCUUUAUGUCACGAUGGGCUUUAUGGAAACAGAAACAUGCUGUUCUCCACAGAUCUAGAGGAGACCAAGAGACUGUUUUCAGCUCAAAUCAUGGCAGAGCAGAGAGGGAGAAAGGCUACCGUUCAUCUGAGUCAAUAUCUGCAACAUUCUUCAUCAGACACCUACCCAGCUCCUAACAAAAUAUACUCAGGGGGUGCUCAGCUAAGAUCACUUAACGGUGUCAGGACAUGCAGUUCCGAUGAUUGUCUAGAUGAGGGUAUAUGCAAGUCUGAUGUUGCACUGCCUUGCUACACUGGAAUUUCGGAAAAGAACAAAAGGUACUCAGCAGAACUCAACAGGUACAGCAGUGGUAACAGUUACGAAGGUGUUAACUUAAGUGCCAAGCAAGGGGGGAUAAAUGUCAUAUACUCAGGGGGCAAAACAGGCAGUUCAUGCCUGGUAGGACAAGACUUAAAACUGAAUGCUACUAGCCCCAGAUCUAGCAUGGCAUCUUCCACCUCAUCACAAGAGCACAACAGAUUCUCUCACCCGUGGACCAAUUUACUAGUCCCAGGGCAAGAGAAGUAUACUAGCCCUAGAUCAAGUCUAGGGCAGUAUGAAGGUGGAGUGCUGAGCCCUAGGUCUAGUUAUGCCAGUACCACCAGUGACACAAGUAAGCACUCUAGCCCUAGAACUAGUCUGAAUAGUUAUGACUGUGGGAGUAAGCCAAGUAGUAAUCGCACCAGUGGCAUCAGCAUGGGAUAUGACCAGAGGCAUAUUAGUCCCAGAUCCAGUACUGCUAGUCAGUAUUCAUGCACCACCAGUCCAAGGUCCAGCUACUCUGAUUCACGGUAUGGGCUUACAGGUAACCCUGAAUUUGAUGGGGUGACAGGGCAUGGGGGAUUGGUUAGUCCCAGGUCUAGCAUGUGUCUACAAGAUACUAGAUCUGCCACCUUAGGAAGCUGUAACCCAUCAGUGGUUAGCCCUAGGUCCAGUAUUUCUAGCCAUAGUUCUCGUAGUUCCAGAAGUUCAAGGGGGUCUAUGGGGGCUUACAGUGAACUUCCAGUGCCUUCACCAAGGUCCUCCAUGUUAGUAGGGUCCAGUCUGCAUGAGGAGAACCGCAUGCAGGAGCUUGGAGAAGCUUGUCUUUACAAAAUUACUCAGUCACCCCCAAGACAAGAGCAGCAACAACCUGUCACCUCUAACUUGGAUUGCAACCCUGCUGCCCAAGCAUCCUACAGCUUCAGUUCGGCCAAAGGAUCUGCUACUGUUCAUAGGUUCAAGCUACCUUAUCAAGUUACCCCAUCCAGAGAAAGUGGUCCUAGUCAGGCGGAAAGGAGACUGGAGGCACUGACAUUGGAACUGGAAAAGGAGUUGGAACAGCACAAGAAAAAAGAAUAUUUUGGCAUUUGUAUCAAAUGUGGCAAGGGUGUUUAUGGAGCCAGUCAAGCCUGUCAAGCAAUGGGCAAUCUCUUCCAUACAAACUGUUUCAUAUGCUGCUCAUGUGGGAGAAGACUUAGGGGAAAAGCUUUCUAUAAUGUCAACGGAAAGGUUUACUGCGAAGAAGAUUUCUUGUAUUCCGGUUUCCAGCAAACGGCAGACAAGUGUUUUGUAUGUGGGCAUCUUAUAAUGGAAAUGAUUUUACAGGCCCUUGGGAAGUCUUACCAUCCUGGCUGCUUUCGAUGUGUGGUGUGUAAUGAAUGUUUGGAUGGAGUCCCCUUUACAGUAGACGUGGAAAAUAACAUUUACUGUGUCAAAGAUUACCACACGGUUUUCGCACCAAAAUGUGCCUCCUGCAAUCAACCAAUCCUACCAGCGCAGGGCUCAGAAGAAACUAUACGAGUGGUGUCAAUGGACAAAGAUUAUCAUGUGGAAUGCUAUCACUGUGAGGACUGCCGGUUGCAGCUGAAUGAUGAAGAAGGUCACCGAUGCUAUCCAUUGGACGGACAUCUUCUUUGUCAUAGCUGUCACAUCAGGCGCAUUAGUGUUACUGCUCCACCACAUCAACCUUCCAGCUACCCAAUGCAUGUUACAGAACUCUGAGUAGGUAGCAGAACUAAUAACUAGUAGAUGUCCAUGGCAAGGUAGAGACUGGGAAAGUCCUCAAGAUGUCUUGGAACUAUAUGUCUACAAAGUGGACCUCUUUGCUGUGUGAGGGCUCCCUGUUGUGUGUCAGCAAAUGGAUAUGGAAAGCAAUUAUCUCCAAACGUGUCUUCAUCAUUUCUUAAGCAUUUCUCCAGUUUUAAGAGACAUUAUACUGGAAUCUACUGAAAAUAGUAAAAUUGUCCAUAACGGACAUUACAUGGGGCUGUUCAAAACAGCCAACCCUUUAUUAGCACUUAAUCUGUAUUCACCAAUCCAAUGCUACAAGAGUUAGCAGUGCACAUAUCUGCAAAAGGCUGCAGGGAAAAUAAUUAAAGGCUGCUUAAGUAACAUUGGUCUCUGGUAUGUUAGCCACAGUAUCUCUGGCUGGAAAUAAUGUUAAUUUAAACUCCAUGCCUUAUGUUUUUAAUGCGUUUUUCUCUGUACAAAGUGUUGUAUAUAAUAGAAAUGAAAAUUAAAACCAUCCCCACAUGAGCUUACACUUUUUUGUUGUCUAAAGUCAAAACAUUGUAAAUCAAGUUGCUGCUCCUACUGUAAAGUGUUAGAGAUGACUUAUAUGGCCUAUAGACCUCUAUAGCUAAUGUACUGUCUUCUUUCAACAUACACACCAAUUAACAGUUUUGCAAUGCAACUGUUAAAAAGCUGAAUAAAUUCAAUUAACUUGACAAAUAAUGCUACUAAUAAACCUACUUUUUAUAUACUUAUGAGCUGUGGGUUGGAAACAAUAACAAUAUACAAGUACAUCCACUCUCUGUUACCUUGAAAAGCACAACAUUCAUUGUUCCCAUACUUAGCUAUUUUUGCUUAUCACCAAAUUAUCUCUACAACCUUCCCAACUUUUAGUUAAAUAAUAAAUACAAAAGUAAAGGAAAUGUGGUCUGGGUUAAAUAAAAACAAACGCAUCCUGGUAAGACUUAGUUGGACAGGCAUGUUUUUAUGAUUAUUAUAGACGAGGUACUAUCAACAGUUGUAUGCUGGUCAUCUUUAAUGCAAUAAAAUAUGUAAAAGCA